AUGGCGGAGCGGAAGCGAUGGGACAAGCAGCAGGACUUUCAUCCUUCCAGUAGCUCCUCCGCCCUCGAGGCUAAAGCAGAUCCCGUCCUCACAAAGCAGCUUCAGUAUAUAAAAGUACUCGAGGAGAGGAACCGAGUGAAGAAGCGCCUAGCUGCCGCCUCAAAGAAGAACGACCGUCUUCACGAACGCGAAGAAGCUUUCGUAACGGCGUUUAACGUCCCAACACGAGCUGCACAGUCCACUUCGUCGUCCUCUUUAAGCUCAAGAAACACCAGGUCGGCCACGACGAUUCUACCCACAAAACUACCAGGAAAGCUCUCUAAAUGCAAAUCAGCACCGUCCACGACGUUAAACUAUGUUGCGUCCGGAAGCGAAGAGAAGGAGAAGAAUGCAGUGCGUAGAGCCAAGUGGAGUCGCCCUAAAGCUCCGAUGGACGUCGCUGUUAAACACGAAGACGGAAUGCCACUCUUCCACAGUUAUUUGGAGGAGUCAUUCGAGGAGUUUGAAGAAGAAGACGAGAAGGAACACACACUCGAUCUCUCCAAGACAACUAAAGAGCUUUUUGCGAUUAUUCAACAUCUUUCACGGUCUAAGCAACGAGCAUUGGUCGAUGUAUUGCAAAAGUUUCAGAGUGGGGAACAGAAUGAAAAUGACGUGAAAGUUUUACAAAGUUCGAUUGGCGAUCCUGAAAUUUGGAAGGAGAUUUCAGCGACACUAAAUACGCCCAAACCACUACCAAACGAGCGAGAUAGCGAAUUUUCCGAAGCUGUAUCGGCCGCUUCCGUGGCUCCAGUGAAUAAAAUGAUCGAACAGCAAUUACAGCUAGAAAAUGAGUACGAAAAAGAAAUCAAGGAACGUCUUUUUCAUGAGCGAGAAGAGAAGCAUCGUGUACUGAACGAAGCAGCCGAGCGUCGUGCGAAAAUGAUGAAACAAUUAGAGGAUGAAGAGCGUGAGAUCGAAAGACUCAUGGAAGUCAAACGACAGGAACGUCUCGCAAAACUACGAGCACUGCAGGACGAGACUAGUGCUACCGGUGCUACUUUUGAUAUUCACGUAAAGUUGCUGUCGACAUGGGGUCGAACACGAGCGGUGGGGCUCACUCAGAUCUGCGUCUAUGACCUCAAUGGCGAUGACCUUUCUGUAGACUUGGAGACUCUGCAGCUUCACGAUCAACCAACGGGUAGACCGCUACCGAAGACAAAUGACAUGGUCCGUGGACUGCAGAGAUUAUUUAACGGUGUUGCGCAGACCAACAAGGAGAAGGAGAUGUGGCUUGGACGAUUCGGAGAUGCAGGAGUUCUCGUCAUCCGCUUCCAGGUUCCUUCCAGCCCCAGUAAACUUUGCGUAUGGAAUUUUAACAGUAGAUCGCACAUUGCUUGUACUCGGGACGUCGAAGUGUUAGUGAGUGGCAAAACGGUGUGGACGGGCUCUCUUCCUGAAACUUUUGGUGACGAGGACGACAAUAUCUGCACGUGGAUUGACUUACUGGGCUCGGCAAAGAAGACUUCGCGUACAUCUCGUAAUGAGAAGAGCUCUGUAUCUGAGCUUGAUACGUGGACUGCAGACGAGAAACCAUCCAAUGGCAGUACAACCAGUCGUCGACGACAGGGGAAGCCGCUCUACACUCCUGCUCUCGCGUCUUUAUCGUCCUGGGAUAGUCUGGAAAAAUUCAGUAAGACAAAUCGAAUGGCAGAUAUCCCAGUGCUUCCAAAAGGGAAAUGGCUACAACUUGAGAUUCUCAGUACGUGGGGUGAUCCCUACUACGUGGAUCCAGAGACGCAAGUUACAGCUCGUCCCGAGAGCAUCAACGUGUUAGAAGAGAACACGGACGACUCUCGUGUUCCUAGAAAUCUGGUGGACGGAGUGAACCUAACUUGCGAUGAUUUCCACAUGUGGCUCGCUCCAUUUACGCCCGGCCAGCCUCAUUACGUGCUACUGGGUCUGGAGGCUACCGUCUCCGUGUCGAUGAUACGUAUCUGGAACUAUAACAAGUCACGGACACACACAUGUCGAGGUGUUCGAGAGGUGCGGAUCGCGCCAGGUCUCGUCGGUGCAGAUAGCUUGGAACUGUCCAAUGAGGUGAUUUUAUUCACCCAAGACGCAGCCAUCCUUGAGGCUAUUGAGGCGAAUGAUGACGCAUUGCGAAGACUGGCAAAGGAACAAAAACGUGAAGAUGAAGAAGCCCAGGAGAUUGUGGAUAAUUUACAUCGAUCCAUGGAGCUUCAACGUCCGCGGACUUCUGAUACUGGGUCUAGGACAGUGGAAAGCAACGAUGAAGAUCAUGUACUGAGAUAUGAUACAACCGUGAAGACUUCGAUUGACUCGUGGGUGGCUGAAGAACCGCAGCAGAUGUCUCCGGAUGCUGCUAAAGUGUCAGCGUUGGGAGCCAGCAACGAUGGACUUGUCAAUGAUGAAAAUCUGCCUCGAGGUCGACGACUUACACUGCAGUUGCACAAUUUGGCUUCGGUAAGUUGCCUGGGAUACAUUGGCGAUCCACGUACUCUGGAUAAGUUAGUUGAUGGUGUGGCUACAACAUGUGAUGACACGCAUAUGUGGCUAGUUCCGUAUGAAGCUCCAAGUAUUCCAGAAGUUCGUAUCGAGCUCAAGUCGGUGCAGUAUUUCUAUGGACUUCGAGUCUGGAACUACAACAAGCCCCCUGAAGACACGUACCGUGGCGUCAAGCAGCUCGUUGUGACGCUGGACGGCGUGAUAAUCUCUCCGAAAGAAACCGGAUUUCUGCUGCGUAAAGCUCCGGGAGUGGCUGACUUCGAAUUCGGUCAAUUACUGGUAUUCUCAGACGGUAAUUCAUCGAGUAAAUCCUCUUCAUACUUCGAGCGAGUGCAGUAUCCAUUUAUUACGCGAGCGUACAAGACUCCAAUCAUCCGACAAGACUACGAGGCAUCGCUGUAUCCUCAAGGGUUUUUACUUAAGAUAAUCUGCUGGACUACGUGGGGGGAUCCCUACUAUCUCGGACUCAACGGACUUGAACUCUACGACUUUUCUGGAACUCGAAUUAUUGAAAAACCUAAAAUUCUCACUGCCGUGCCAUAUUCUGUAUCGGAAAUUGACAAUUCAAGGCAACAAGAUACACGAAUACCAGAUAAUCUUGUAAGUGGGCUCGAUAAGAACACGUGGGAGGCUCAUGACGCCUGGCUCGCUCCAUUGGCUAGUUCAAUUGGGAAUCCACAGGGGAAUAUCGUUUAUAUCGGUUUUGAUACCCCCGUCGUGUUGUCGAUGAUUAAACUCUGGAAUUACAGCAAGACGCCAGAGCGUGGAGUGAAAGACGUGGAUAUUUAUUUAGAUGACUUGCACUUGUUCUCUGGGACGCUCAAGAAGGCGCCGAUGGCUGAUGUCCAUGCAACUGGUAGUCGAUUUGGGAGGGUACACAAAGUGACAGAACAGUUCGGACAGCCGGUGUUGUUCUCUUGCAGUCAGGCUCAAGUGGAUGCAGAAAAGAGGAGUGUUUAUUACUGUGGUGUCGAAGAACAAGACGUCCUGGGGAUCAACGAAGGACAAGUCAUGCAAGAGUCACGGGCGAUGUACAGGAAACUGGACCCGGGCGCGGAAGGCGUCAUUGUUGAUCUCGAUCUUCGUCCCAUGACGGCUGUGUGUCGACAGUGACGAGAGAUAUUAAAUAAAUUAUUCUUGGAGAUCCCGCAUACGUCGGUACCAACGAUACGCUCAGAGUAUGAACGGUGGAUAUUAAACGAUCAAUUCAAUUCUAGGACAUGUCGCUGCACCUCCACGUACCACUGCGCCAUGGCGGGGAUAUCGCCCUCUAGAACUGCGGCCAUUCUGUGCUGGCUUCCAGAUAAUGAAGGUUUCGCUAAGUGAUGAGGGCUGUUUAGGAAGUCCACAGACUCU